AUGGAUCCUUUCACUCACAUCAAGCUAGUAAAUCGACAGAAAUCUUGGGAAGAAUUACAUCAAACCAUUACAUUCAGUCGUCGAUUACAGUAUGAUGCUAGCCGUGUACCCAGCAGUUUUAAAUUUCGUAGCCAUCUUGUAGGCAAAAGUGACAGCAACAGCCAAAGUAGUAGCCCCAACAGCAGUAUUAGCAGUGAUAGUAGCAGCCAGGCAGUGACCACCAGCCAUGCAGUUUAUCAACAUCGCUUGUACUAUCUCAAUUUUACUGAAAGAGGUCAUAGCACGAUAUACUAUACUGAUCUGCCGUAUACCGAUGAAAAUGAUGAAAUCUUGGAGAAUUUAUCCGAACAUUCCGCUCAUGGCCUACCACUAUUGUCAGAUCUUGCUUUUAUUACCGAUAGUAAAUUGUCCAAGGAAGAAGAGUUGUUACAAGAACGUAAAAGGAUUCGAGGUCAAGGAAUCUUAAAUUACUGUUUAGACAGCAAGAGCGGUAAAAUCAUCUUCCACUUGGGUAGUGACCUGUAUGAAUGCCAAGAUUCCAUGAAUGAAGGAUCUAUACCGUCCGUCAGAAAAGUCAACAAUGAAUCGGAAACAAGUUCUUACGUUGACCCCAAAAUCUGUCCCUACAAUUCUGAUCUUGUGGCCUUUAUUCGGCAAAACGACCUAUGGGUAACAUCAUUGUCAACCGGUGAAGAGAAACGUUUAACUUACGUCAACAAUGAAAAUCAAGAUUUGAAACGAAAUCCGUUAUCAGCUGGAGUACCCUCUUUCGUAAUGCAGGAAGAAUUCGAUCGUUAUACUGGCUAUUAUUGGCAGCCAUGCCCUUCCGUUACCGAUGCCGACGGUGAUCAGGGCCUGUAUCGUAUUCUCUAUGAAGAGACAGAUGAAAGUAUGGUUGAGCUAGUUGGCAUUAAUAAUGGAUCCAAUGUGGACUAUUAUCGCUAUCCGCGUGUUGGCAAGCCAAACGCUGUUGCUCGUUUAAAGAUCACCGAAUUUCAAUAUGUAAACGGGGAAUUUCUAUCUCCCAUUGUUGAGUAUGAAUUGCUGCAAUGUUUGGAUGACCUGUUUCCCAAUGUCGAAUAUUUGGUACGAUUCGGAUGGUUACCUGAUAGUUCAGCGGUUUAUGCGCAAAUAGUUGAUCGUAUGCAGCUAAAGUCCCAGCUAGUCGUAGUACCUCUGUCUUGUUUUAUACCAAUUUUAAUUCCCAAAUCUGCUAGCCGAAUGCCUUCGACCGAUUCUCACUCAGUAUACGUGCUUCUUCAAGAAGAGUCAACUGUCUGGAUUAACGUCCAUAAUCUGAUACACUUCUUACCUGCUGGUCAUUGGUCUGAGGCACCAGUUGGUGACGCAAUGGAGUCGUGGCAGUUCAUAUGGGGCAGUGAGAAAGAUGGUUACAGACAUUUGUACUUAAUUUCUUUCUCACCUAAGCUGCAUGACGACGAUAACUGUAAGGUAUUCCUGGUAAAAACGAAUGUGAGACAACUUACGAGCGGUAACUGGGAAGUAAGCAAAGAUAAGAUGUGGGUAGACGAAAAGCGGCAACUGAUUUAUUUCACUGGCACAAAAGAUAAUGAUUUAGAAAAACACCUAUAUGUUACCUCCUAUGGACACAACCAAUUUCCUAUUCAAAGGCUAACCCCACCAAGUUUUUCUCAUAACAUUUUUAUCAGUGAUGAUUUCUCAUGGUUUGUUAGCAUAUUUUCCUCUAUGAAAACCCUGCCUGGCGUUGGUAUCUUCCAUAUACCACAUACCAUUUCUAUGUUAAAUGAUCCAAUAUCUAAUUGCAAGUUGAUGCAGAUACUUUUAAAUCCUAAAGAUAUCCUUGAGCCAUCAUUGAUUCCGGAAGUAUUUUCCUUCGUUGGAAGCCAUGGAGAGAAAAUUUAUGGAGUAUAUCAUAAACCUAUGGGAUUUGUUGACGGUAUAAAAUAUCCCACGAUAUUAUACGUUUAUGGUGGUCCUGGUGUUCAGAUCAUAACCAGCGGUAAUACAGUUCAACGUCUAGUACGAUUACAGAAUUUUAUUCAAGCAGGUUAUGUCGUAGUAUGUAUGGACAGCCGUGGGUCAUGUGGUCGAGGAAUUAAAUUUGAAAAACAUAUUAAGAAUGCAAUGGGAACCAUUGAAAUCGAAGACCAAGUUGAAGGUUUACAAUAUCUCGCAAAUAAGCUUAAUUUUAUCGAUUUAUCCAGAGUUGCAAUCUAUGGCUGGUCAUAUGGCGGUUACUUGGCAUUAAUGGCGCUUGCUCAACAACCAGAUAUGUUUAAGAUUGCUAUUGCUGGUGCUCCAGUUACUGAUUGGGAAUUAUAUGAUACUGGCUAUACUGAACGUUAUAUGAGCUUACCAGAAUUUAACUUUUUGGGUUAUGCCAAUGGCUCUGUCAUAAAUUUUAGAAACCGAUUUCCUGAUCAACCAAAUCGCUUAUUGCUUGUUCAUGGUUUGAACGAUGAAAAUGUACACUUUACGCAUACAAGUACAUUAAUCAAUUCUUUAGUAGGAGCAAGUAAACCGUAUACUUUACUGGUAUAUCCAAAUGAACGUCAUGGUCUACGGAAAAUGGAUUCCCGCGAACACUUUGAGACGAGUCUAUUAAAUUUUCUACAAAGUCACUUAUAA